ACUUCAACAGUCGAUGAAGUUGUCAUCCAAGACAGGUGCAGUAUGCCACACUGAAAAUGACUGAUAGGAUCGUUUGCACUUAGUAUCUGAUCUGAUCUAAUCUGCCCUAUUGAUAACUGAGAUGACUUUCAGGUACAGAAACAUGGCACCAGAAGGCAACCAAACUGAGGUCAUAAUUUCCUGUCAACCAUAUGUUUCCUGUGUUUUACUGAGAAUAUUCCCUUUCUUGAUAUGUGUUGUCAUCAUAUGUGGAAACCUCCUCAUAAUCAUGUCUGUCAUUUAUUUCAAACAGCUUCACACUCCUACUAACUAUCUCAUUCUCUCUCUGGCUGUGUCCGACUUACUUGUUGGUCUUUUAAUCAUUCCUCUCAGCAGUGAAUUCAACAGAGAUUAUUGUCAGAUCCACGGAGGUUUGGUCUGUCUCGCGCAACAAUGCAUUGAAGUAACACUGACCACGGCUUCUAUUCUGAAUUUAAUGUGUAUUUCUAUAGACAGAUACUACGCAGUGUGCAAACCUCUGGUAUAUAAAACUGCAAUCACUGUUAGUGUCGUUGUGUUCAUGAUCUUGUUGAGUUGGAGUUUUUCAUUUCUACUGUCUGUCGGCUUUGUGAUUGCAGAAGUAAAUUAUGCAAAAUGUGGAGAAAAAUGUUAUAUUUAUGUUGUUAAUGUGAAUGUUUCAGGACCCAUUUUAACCUUUUUCCUUCCUAUGAUCAUAGUGAUGUGUAUAUAUGCAAAAAUCUUCUUUGUAGCACAUAAACAGGCACGCAGCAUCCAAAACAGAACCUAUCACAGCAGGACACCAGGAUCAACUGUCAGGAAGAUGGAGAGAAAGGCCACUAAAACUCUGGCUAUAGUUUUGAGCGCCUUCUUACUCUGUUGUUGUCCUUUCUUUUUAUGUUUAAUGAUUGUGUUUGUUAACAGAAUCUCAGUGUCAUUUGUAGUACUUGAUGUUCUUUCCUGGUUGGUAAUGUCAAAUUCAAUGCUCAACCCUUUUAUUUACGCUUUCUUUUACAGCUGGUACAGGUCUGCUUUUAAAAUAGUUAUAUCUGGACAAAUAUGUUUACGUGAUUUUUCAAAUACCAGACUUGAAUAAUGUGCUGGAUAUGGGUAAGCUGCCCGAGAAUUGUCAUCAACAUGUUGCAUGAGAGCUGCUGUGUUUGCCAUGGCGGGAAGGGCAGCACACACACACACACACACACAC